AUGGAGGUUCAUCAGCGGCUUUUUGAGAGUGCCGGAAGCCGUCCGGAAGAACGAAUAGUUGGUAGCAACGGCGGCUUGAUUCCGACAUUGUGCGGCGGCCCAGAAUCGUCGACACAAUCUUUAACGAGUGCAUUUUUACCAUUGGGCGAACUAACAACGCGUCAAUUCACGCAACUUGAUUGUGCAUCCGUUCAACAUACGUCCACCACAACGAAUAAUAAUUUGAAUAGCGGUCAUCAACAGCAAACUUCUACAACAAACAGCCAAUUCGCAGCAAUUGUCACAUCAACGGGCACACAAAUCGAAUCUACCUCUAAUGAUGCAUUCGAUUUUGCCAAGCCCACAAAGGUAAAUUCAACUCUCAUUUGCCUUUUUUCAGCUUCGUCAAGCUGUCUUCUUUGGCAAACGUCUACGAAACCCUCAUCCUAUCAAAAUAUAACCAAUGAGGCGCGGAGUCGCAGCAAAUUUAAAGGAUGUGAAUCAAAAAAGCCAACUGAUUGGGUGAGACGUGCUCGUAGCUUUGUUUACCAUUUGGCUUGUUUUGCUUGCGAUCAAUGCAAACGACAACUGAGCACUGGUGAAGAAUUUGCACUGCAAGAUUGUAGACUCCUGUGUAAGCAGCAUUACAUGGAAUUGGUGGAAGGAGAAACUGGACAACAAAAAACGAAAACAAAACGUGUGAGGACAACGUUUGCCGAAGAACAACUCGCUGUUCUUCAGACGCAUUUUCAAAUCGAUAGCAAUCCAGAUGGAGCUGACCUCGAACGAAUAGCCACAAUGACGGGUCUCAGCAAGAGGGUUACACAAGUUUGGUUCCAGGUUAGCAGUUCAUUCAUGCUUCAUUCAACAGUUAAAGUCGACACUACUUCAAGUUCUCGUCUUCUCGCCUUUUGCAGUUAA